CUAAAUAAUCAAUUUUUGAGUGAAAAAUUAGCUAGUCCUAUGCAACUCCCUUUCUCUCUCUUCCCAUUCUACUGGAGUACCGGGCAUAAUGAGCACGGUUCUCCUGGUAUCGUCUUUUGUAGUGUUCAUUCUCUCCAUAUUGCUCCUUCAUCCAUUUUCUGAGUGGUUGAAAUUCAAAGAAGCAGAAAUUGCAGAUUUAUUAGUUACAAAUGCUUUCAUUUACACCAGCGACCCUUCUUUUCCGGUCGCUAACUCUAUGGCCAUUAAAAAUGGCCGGAUUUUGGGUCUUGGGAACUACUCCUCACUUCAGGGAUUAGAAGGGAGCAAAACUGAAAAGUUGAAUCUAGAAGGAAAGAUUGUAGUUCCUGGAUUUAUAGAUUCCCACUUGCACUUGCUUUAUGGUGGACUGCAGAUGACACAAGUGGAACUCCAAGGUGUCAGUACGAAACAAGAGUUUAUAAUGAAGAUUGAAACAGCAGUCAAAAGUAAGAAAGAAGGUGUUUGGAUUUUGGGUGGUGGAUGGAACAAUGAUUUAUGGGGUGGAGAACUGCCAAUGGCAAAUUGGAUUGAUGAUAUCAGUCCUCAAAAUCCUGUUUGGUUAUCAAGAAUGGAUGGUCAUAUGGGCUUGGCUAAUUCACUGGCACUUCAGAAGGCUGGAAUUACUCGAGAAACAAAAGAUCCACCUGGUGGCACUUUAACCAGGACGGCAGAUGGAGAGCCUGCCGGUUUGCUGAUAGAUGCUGCAAGGCAGUUAAUUCUUCCCAGUGUCCCAGAACCCACCCUUGAUGAAAGGAGGGAAGCAUUAUUAAGGGCCAGCAAUUAUGCGUUGACAAAAGGGGUAACAACAGUGGUUGAUAUGGGAAGAUAUCUUCCUGGUUCUUCAACAGAGCUAUCAUGGCAAGAUUUUACAGAUGUCUAUGAUUGGGCAAAUACCUCUGGAAAUAUGAUCAUCAGAGUUUGUCUAUUUUUCCCCCUUGAAACCUGGUCACGUUUGUCUGAUCUUGUGCAGAAGACAGGUCGUAUGGUUAGCCAAUGGAUUUACCUUGGUGGUGUCAAGGCUUUCUUUGAUGGAUCACUGGGCUCAAACAGUGCCCUCUUUUAUGAGCCAUAUGCUGACGAUCCUGAGAGCUCUGGCCUUCAAUUGAUGGAACUCGACUAUCUAACCAACAUGACUGCACUUUGUGACGAGUCUGGGCUGCAGGUUGCCAUUCAUGCUAUUGGUGAUAAGGCGAAUGCUUUAAUCUUGGAUAUGUAUGAGUUAGUUUCUUCUAAAAAUGGAAAAAGGGACAGAAGAUUUAGGAUUGAGCAUGCUCAGCAUUUGGUACCUGGUUAUGUUACUCGAUUUGGUAAACAAGGAGUUGUUGCUUCAGUACAGCCAGAGCACCUUCUUGACGAUGCUAAUUCUGCAGAAAGAAAAUUGGGGAAGCAGCGAGCUGAAAGUGGAUCUUAUCUCUUCCAGUCACUUCUAGCAAGUCAUUCACUGCUAGCUUUCGGCUCUGACUGGCCUGUUGCAGACAUUGAUCCCUUGAACACCAUUAGGGCAGCGGUGAAGAGGAUUCCCCCAACGUGGGAAACAUCAUGGAUUUCAUCUGAAUGCCUCACACUCAACGAUGCACUUGAUGCGCACACGAUUUCAGCUGCUCGUGCAUGUUUUCUCGACAAAGAUAUAGGGUCAUUAUCUCCAGGCAAAUUGGCAGAUUUCGUUGUAUUAUCCACAAACUCAUGGGAGAAAUUGACGGCAGAAGCAUUUGCCUCCAUUGAGGCUACAUAUAUUGGUGGGGUUAAAGCCUAUCCUGCUAAGACUGCAGUGUGAGAUAGUCGGAGUGGGGAUACACAUUUCUUUUGUGAAUAUUGACGCGAGGACACCUUUUGAAGCUAGAGAUCUUGGUCAUGCAUGAUUAUGUGUAGGGUUGUCCUUGGAUGGUUCUUAGCCUAUACUUCCAAGUUUUGUCUGCUUGGAAUUCUUUGACUGGAAGCUUGGCUUAUCUAGGUUGGUUGGUUGUUUGUGGGAUUAGGAUAUCUCUGGUUGUGAACCAUGUUUCUAAUAUGUAACAUGUAAGUUGUUCAAGCAAGAUCCAACUGAAAUCCAAAGUCCAAUUCAGUCUGAACUGAACUCCCAAUUAGGAUUUGAUCGUAGUUCUAUAUUGGAUUCAAUAAGGAUUUAGGGGUGUUUGGAUCCAAAAUAAAAAAAAUAAUUACCGAACUAUUCAUUGUCAUCUUUUUAUAUAUAUAUAUAUAUAUAUUUUUUUU